UUCAAAGCAACGUUCAAGUAGAAAUUGUUCACCUGGGUGUCCUCCGAGAAGUGCUUGGAUAUUAGCACUGUAGAUAUAUGGGAUAGUUGGUAACGUGACGGUGUAGACUAGUGUAGACCAUGGUGUAGACAUAUCGUAGAUCGUAGCAACUUAAACAGGGACCACGACACAACACAGAAGAAGCUUGGUUGCCGCUGAGGAAGUUCCAGUGGUAAAAACAUCAUUAUGACGUUCGUUCGGAGGGCGAAUCCGGGGGCAGCGCGCAGUGUGAUUGUUUCCGAGUUCGUCUGAAUCACUACAACAUGACGUGAAUACGUUUUGGUAGAUCGCGUAUUUGUGGGGUAUCUAACGUGAUCAUGUCCCGGGGAGCACGGUGUUACGUUCCUGGCUGUAGGAAAACGUCCAUCGCUAACCCCGAAGUGACAUUUCACCAACCGAGGGACGACGACACCAAGCGAAAGUGGAGGGCUGAAAUCGCCAGCAGACAGCCCCACCUGCAAAAGGAACUGCAUGUUUCGCGCGUAUGUUCAUCGCAUUUCGCGGACGACGCUUAUUUAGAUACGGACAUUCUGCAAAUUCAACUUGGGAUGCCCCCGAAAAGAAAGCGGCUAAAACCUGACGCCAUACCCACAAUAUUUCCGGAACAAGGGGAACAACACGACGUGCCGUCUGCUGUGGUUCAGCCAAGCAGCUCCACGGAUUCUACUGCGACUGAGCCACAAACAACGAAACCAACAAGUGGUGUGCGUCCCAUCUCACAACUACCGAAUUCAGAAGACGUACUGGUACUAGAUGGACUACCCCUUGAACCCUUGGUACCAUUUCAGCGAGUGAGCCAAUUUGGGUUCCUAUACACCCUGGUGCCACAUACUCCCGAAUUCAGGGUUCCAAAAUUGCAGGACAAGAGGACGCAGACAGCUGUUCCCACCUUCACACUUGGCACUCAAACUUGCGCCUUCAGGACGAGUAAGGCAAGCCAGACAAGCGUGAGCCUGAAACCCUCAAGUACGCUCUCCCUCACAUCGGGCGUGCCAGCGAUGGAGUGGUCGGAAGACAACAAGAAUGGGAUCGUGGAAUCGUUUCCAGCAAAGGUUCCUCCUCUGCAGUACGUGGAGACACCAAAAUACGAGCCCUCAUUGAGUGACGCGUUCGAGACGUCCAUUUCACACGUCUGGUCCGACGCUCCGGAGCCCGAGGAAAUUGAUACCGCAGACGGAUCCAUGUGCCCACCCAACCAGAUCAAGGUGAAGCGCGAGUUAACUGAGAGCUCUGACACUGAAGGUUACGAGUAGGAGACGCUACACUAAGCUCGGUGUACCAGAUGAUCUCACAUGCAUCAAAUAUCAAAUCUAGAACAAUGUACAACGUGAUGUACAACGUACAAUGUAUCUACAAUGCAAAUCUAGAACAGAAUCCUGUGGCAGAGUCUUGUCUCUGAGAACUUUUUUUCUCUCGUGUCCUCGCAUCAACAGUGAAGCUGACACUGAGAUUCGCGCGAGAGACCCAAAGCAACAACAGCUUGCAGCUGCAGAAAAGAGGGUACGAAGUUCCAGCCAACAGCAGGUGGAAGAUGGAUCACUACGAAAUGUCCCGCUGCCUCGUGCCACCAGAGCUCACUUUAAAAGUGGGACACCUCCACAAACCAAGGGUUGUAGUGCAUCUGCAGUGUUUCUGUUAUCAGGAACGUGUGUACACAGCGUCUCCUCCCAAAACUGUGCCGAUGUUAUUCAGAUUAAUUCGUAUUACAGAGGUGUGUGUGCUACCUCUGUGGAGCAAGAGGUGUCUGAAAGCAACACCGAGUGUAAUUUUCCAGCAGUGUUUUCUUUUUUUUUUGUCCUGCUUAUGCUUUUGAAGAAAACGUUUUUCUGGAGCAUCUUCAUUUCUAUACUGUUGACAUCAACACCAUAACAGUAUUUUACCUCCCUUGAGGAGGACAAAGUGUCUUAAUGAAUGUGUACCAUCGUCCAUGGAACCACGAUGCUGGGGUGGGCAGCCAGUUUUCGAAGCUGCAGCCUUUGUAUCGAAAUGAAUGCCGGUCAUAAAUGAUACUAUGAGGCUGGUCUUUAAUUGAUCGUGCAAAUAAAUGUUGAUUUUAUCAAUGAA